UCUGGGCUUUUGUUCUUCAUCUUCCACUACUCAGGAAUAACUGAGCAGUGUCCUCCUGGCCAGCAGAGUAAUCGGCUGAGAAGCUUCCCCAAGGAACUACCAAAAAAUGAAACCCCUGUAUUUGGUCUUGAGCCUUUGGGUUCUUAUCGGAUGUUUCCUGUCUGGUGAGUGUCACAGAGGCCCUAGAGGACAAUAUGAUCCCAGAGGACCACCGCCUCCUCCUCCUCCUGGUCCCUUUGGUCCAGGAUUUGGUAGACCAUCCCCUCCUCUACUUUAUCCAGGACAUCCUAGACCACCCUCUCCUCCCUUUGUUCCUGGAUUUGUUGGACCACGGCCUCCUCCACCCUUUGGUCCAUAUCCACCUUCCAUACCAAGACCUCCACAUCCCAGACCUCCGAUCAAUCCUCCUCUCACUCCUACUCCACCUCCUCCCCCAAUACAAGCAAAUACAACACCUAGUGCCAAUAUCUCCCUAACUACUGCUACUGCCUCAAAUUCCACUGAUGAUUUUCUGAGAUGGUGGCAAAGAUUAAUUGACCUUUGGCAGUUAGGGUGACAUGCUCCAAAGCACUGUGAAAUCUUUAAGAAUUAACUCAUUCCCAAGCAUUAUGCAAAAUGAAAAUAAAGAGCUGAGCAGCAUUAAAAGCAUCUAUUGUUGUCAUCAGAGCAAUUACCACA